AUGUCCGGCGAAGACGCACCUGCCCAGCAGCAAAACGCCGAGGAGCAGAAGCAGCCGCAGCAGGAGGAGACCAAGACGCCCGCCGAGUCCCCAAAAACCGAGAGCAAACCAGACCCACCGCCCACCAGCGCGUCCACCGAGGCCGCUGCUGCCGCUGCCGCCGCCGACACCCCAGCGCCUGCCGCCGAGAAAGCCCCAGAGGAGGACACUUUCAGCUACAGGGCUCUGGUGCUCACCGGUUACGGCGGGUACGAUAAGGUAAAGCUCCAGGUGAAGAAGGGGAAACCGGUGCUCAAGAGCGGCGAGGUGAUGGUGCGCGUGAAAAUGUGCGGGCUGAACUUCGCCGAUCUGAUGGCGAGACAGGGACUGUACGACCGACUCCCGUCCCCGCCGGUGUCCCCGGGCAUGGAGUGCUCCGGGAUCAUCGAGGCUGUCGGUGAAGAUGUGACUGACAGAAAGGUGGGUGAUAAGGUUCUGGUUCUGAAUCGUAGUGGCCUGUGGCAGGAAGUUGUUGUGGUGGCGACCACACACACCUUCCUGAUGCCCGAGGGCAUGAGCUUUGAGGAGGCGGCGGCACUUCCUGUCAAUUACAUCACCGCCUACAUGAUGCUGUUCGACUUUGGGCACCUGCGUCCCAACCAGAGCAUACUCGUCCAUAUGGCCGCAGGUGGAGUAGGCAUCGCUGCCACUCAAUUGUGUAAAACGGUGAACGAUGUCACAGUAUUUGGCACCGCCUCAGCCAGCAAACACGAGGUCAUCAGCCAGGGUGGAGUCACACACCCCAUCGACUACCGGACACGUGAUUACGUAGAGGAGAUCCGUAAAAUAAGCCCCAAAGGGCUGGAUAUUGUUCUGGAUCCUCUGGGAGGCUCUGACACCCAUAAGGGCUACAACCUACUGAAGCCAAUGGGGAAGCUCAUCAGCUACGGUGCCGCUAACAUGUUGGCGGGCCAGAAGAAGAACCUGUUUGCAGUGGCUAAGACCUGGUACCAGCAGUUCUCCGUUCACACCCUGAGUCUGAUCCAAGGGAACCGCUCGGUCUGUGGGUUUCACCUGGGCUACCUGGACUCUGAGAGUGAGCUCAUUGCUCAGGCCAUGGCAGUCAUUAUGGACCUGUACAAACAGGGCAAGAUCAAGCCCCGAAUUGACUCCACCUACCACCUGGAGCAGGUCGGUGAUGCCAUGCGUAGGAUGCAAGAGAGGCACAACAUCGGUAAAAUCAUCCUCACCACCGAGCCCAUGAAGGAAGAGGAGAAGAAAGAGGAGGCCAAGAAAGAUGAGGAGAAGAAGAAAGACGACAAGAAAAAGGACGACAAGAAGAAAGACGACAAAAAGAAGGACGAGGCCAAGAAGGAGGAGAAAAAAGAGGAGAAGAAGAAGGACGAGACCAAGAAGGAAGAGACCAAGAAGGAUGACAAGAAACCAGAAGAAAAGAAGGAAGAAGCCAAGAAAGAGGAGAACUGAGGGGAGAGAAACAUUGUGGAUGUGCUUUGUGUCUGUGUCAGCGGUUUGGGAGUGGUUUGAGUGUGCAUGUGUGUGUGUGUCUGUGUGAAUGGAGGGGUGUAUAGUAUAAUUAGCUUAAGCCCAGGUGAUUUUUAACAUUAGAUCAGAUCUGCAUUUCUGCAAUCAUUCAAUCAGCAGAAUUCACAGACCACUUACACACACACACACACACACACUGUACACCAAGGGAACACACCACUUUAUUUUUCUGUUGUAACACGGUAGUAUUUAUUCACAGUUUUGCUGCAUCCUUUCUAACUCUUUCUUAUGACUGCACGCCACCGAGGUGUGUUAGGGCAGUAUUAUCCUUUUUAUAAAUCUCACCACAGUGUUUACUCAACCAAUGUUUUUAAUUAUAUAACAAAUAACCUUAUUCUGCACCCUUUAAAAUUGUACUACCAUAUCCUCUAACAAUAUUCCUGGCAAACUAAUGCACUAUAAAAUUCUUGUAUUCCACCGAAAUAUUAGUUAUCUUUUUAGACGCAAACCAAAAACAACCUUUUUCGCUCUCUACACCCCUCUGUGUGUUUGUGUAUCCGCUGUGAAACUGGGUUUUCCGUUCUCUUUUCCUUUCUGUUCUGAAGUGGAUGUGUUUGUUUGAUUUGUCGUUCAUCAUCAAUUGUGAAAGAACUUUUUUCCUGCCCACCUUGGCACACAAAACAAGAGCACCCACCUACACUCCCAUUGUUUAUGUCGUUUUGGACCAGACUCACUGACAUACACUCAAGCUCCGCCCCCUGGAGGAGUCAGGGUGGUUUCUGAUUGGCCGUGAUUUGACAACAAGCCUCUUUCAUGCACACGCAUGUGUACUAAAUUCUCAAACACAUUGCCAACAUUAUCCCAAAAACUAACAAGGUUGUCCUAGGCUUCAGCUGUUCAAUGUGCCAUGUCAUUAAAACGGGCAAGUGCCAGGCUUUUAAUGAGUCUAGCUUGGCAAACAGGACCAAUUAUAGAGAACAUUCUCCCAGCCCUUUUCCCCAUCGUUUCCCUUGUAUCAGAUGUGGACGCAUAAAGACAGGAGUGGCCUUUCAUUCCAGAACCUCCUCCAGGAUUCCUCAGGAUCCUGACGCUUUCCGCCCCUCGUUCCCGUGACAGCUUACCACGUGAUCUAGCUGACCUGCACCUCACAUUUACAUAUGAUCUCCACUCUGGCUCUUCCAACUAUGCUUUCUCUCCCUGUUCUCUUACCCUUUUCGUCAUGGUGGUUGGCAUAGCAACAGCAGUUAGGCUAGUUAGAGAUGACAGUUAGGUUUCACCCCCACAUCCCAAACAUACAACCACUCACAUCUCCACAGCAGCUCUUUUUUUAUAUGAUAAACUUCAGUGGUUUUAUUUGAAUGCAUUUUGGGCUAUGGCUCCACCCUCUCCCCUGUUACUCAGAUAGCAGUAAUCUACUGCCUCCGCUUGGGAUUUAUAUGCACUGCAGUGCUAUCAUUCAAGUACUCAAGACACCUGCUGAACACUUUCUUUUCACACUACGAGUCUGGUUCAUUUCAUCGAGUGUUGUGAUGUGUGUUGAUGUAUGUGAAACAAAACCCUAUUUUAUAUAUAUAUAUGUGUGUGUGUGAGAGAGAGAGAGAGUAUGGUAUGUGCAUUUCUGUAUUUGAAUGUCUGUCCUUAGGUUUGUUGUCGGAUUUAGAUUCAGAUGUUCUUUCUUUCUUUGUCUCUCUACCUCCCUCAUGCUACCGUCAUUUUAACUGUCUCUUUCUCUCCUCCCGUCGGUUUCUAACUCUCACCAUCACUCUUGAAUAUUUCGGCCCCCAUGAACGGCCUGCAUUGGUUUGCUAUCGUUUGCACUCGGCUUGCACUUGUAGAGAAUGGCAGUUCCACUCCUGAUCCACCGUAUCUGCUGGUCCCGUCCAUGUCUUCACUUAGACCGUCUGUUUUUUCUUCCCUCAUUCUCCCACCAACACACUCGCUCUUUAUACACCUCUUAAACUGAGAAACAAGUGUUUGAACAUGCAUGGAGAUGCUCAGAAGGCUGCAUUGUUGGAUGCAUGCUCGUGUUUACAUAAUCACUAUAUGAGUGCAGAUAACCGUUCAGGCCCAGAAUGCACUGGGAUGGGCUUGGAACUGCCAUACUUGUCUGAUGAGUUACCAUGUUCUGACUUACUAAAUCCCGAUCCGGUUUUUAGUUCCGGGUCUGAUGGGUUGACUGAGUUUCUUGUUGUGUUCCGCUGGUUCUCUUCCUGUGUUCCUGUGGAUGGUGACUCAGAGCACCAAGUGACCCUAACUAACACUUCAGUGAAAAAUAUCCGUCCUCUGUAUUUUGUUUGAUUUAUUUUGUAUGUUUUUUUUUUUUUUUUGUGGUCUGCAUUUUAGUUUAAGUUCAAAAGGCUUUGCUGCAGUUCCUCUAAAAUGUGAUGAAUCAUGUGAUUUUGUUGGUCCUGACCGAGUGUGCCAAACUUUUUUGUGAAGGUGUGACCUUCGCUAUAACUGUGCUUACUGUACUGAAGAAGAAGAAAAAAAUAAUGAAAGAUGAUUUAAAAAAAAAAAAAAAACUAAACUAAACGUCUGUGGUUAUUGUCGAAAUGACCUCGCAGUAAAAGAUCUUGAGAUUCUGAAUUUGCUCCUGUCGUGUGUGGUCGACUACGCCCUGAAUAUUAUUGGUGCUGACUGAUUUCUGACUUAUUUGUUUUCCGCUAACGUUUGAAUCCAUGCAAAACCUCUCGUUCUCACUGUGCCUCAGUCGUAGACCAACACCAGAUUGCCUCCACGCAUGUUUACACGUGAAUGCACGUAGACUCUAUUUCGUCCCCAACACCGUCUCAGCUCUGCUGUCCUGAAGGGCUGGAAUAUUCCCACUGACCUGAGACUCCUUCCAGAUUAAGUGUACUGUUGUUUAUAGAUGCACUUUUUGUGUAUCAUGUGGGUGUUCAUGGGUAACAUUUGAUAACCUAUGACCUGAGGUAACCCAACAAAAAGAUCCAGCAGCAGUCAGAACGAUCUAAUGAUUAAUGUCAGUGUAGUUUCCCAAGCUGUUGCUGGCUGUUGUUUUCGCUUUUUUGUUUCUCAAUGUGAUAUUAAAGAGAUAGUUCACCCAAAAUUAAAAUGAUGUCAUUAAUUACUCACCCUCAUAUCAUUCUUUGGAGCAUAAAAGAUGAUAUUUUGAGAAAAAUGUUGGAAUGGAAAUCAAUGAUAACCGAAAUGUAAUGUUCUUCAAAGUACGACAUGAGGGUGAGUAAAAAAAAUGACAGAAUUAAAAUUUUUGGUUGAAUUAUUCUUUUAACAUAAUAGUCCCGUUCACAAGCAAAUUCCCGCUGUUUUCAUUCCCAGAUGAUCUAGCAGCGACAUUCCGGUUCUGGAAUUGAUCUCGGCUGCUUAUGACAUCAGAGCGGCUGUUGAUUCAGUUUCGUCCCUGGAUCUGUCUGCGUUGGCUAACUGGGUCCGUUCAGAGACGUUCACAGCACACACACCCAACAACAAUGACAUCUGGGCUGGGAAUGCUCGCUUUAAAUCUCUCAAGGUCUGGAUGAUUUUUAUAGGAUGAUGGUUUGGAGAAUUAUUCCUCUUCCUCCUUUUGGAGCGUGCACAGCUCCACAAUGAGCUCAGCUGCAGGUGCGAGUGUCUCUCGUGGAUCUGGAAUUGUGCGACUGGGAGCCAGAGAGAGGCUCGGAUCGAGCCAAGCUGCUUCCUUCCUCGGUCCUCUCACUCCAAUAGUUUUCCCAGAACAGGAAACACCCCUCAGGUUUACAGAGUGCAGAAUUCCUGCUACAAAUGCAGCCUUAACCAGCGCUGAAUCGUAUCAUGUCUAAACAUUAUUUACAAUAUUAGAUACGCAAACGCAGUGCAGUUUUGGUGUGCCUACAGUCAAAUGUAUUGAUUAAUUUAUGCAUUUAUAAAAUCAAUAAUGAAAUGAAGCUUUGAAACGCUUUUAGGUCUAAAUUAAUAUAGCAGAUGUAUCUGCCUUCUCUUUGUCUGGCACAUACAAGUAACAGUGAGUCAUUGUGGACCGUUUCCCACACAUGCUCAGCGUAACAGAUCUAUCUUUGUCUAAAAAAAUGAACGCUGCACACAUCACUAUGUCUUGAUGCACUUUUUAUGUAUGUUUGGAUGCAUAUUUGUGCGCACAAAGUGUCAUGGAGAUCUCGAGUAAUGAAAGGCUCCGUUUGCAAAUUGUAAAUUACAGUUCCAACUUUCCUGCUUUGCCUUCUGACUAUAGAGCGAAUCAGAGCCACCAGCUUACAUUUCUGUACACUGAUUAGUUUUUAAUUCAAACCCCGCCCCUAACCAUCAGCAUUAAGGCUCCUCCCCUCCACACACGUCAGAGAAGCACCAUGGGUUGUUUGUGUUGUUGUUUGUUUUUUAAACCAUCAGAACUUUUUCCAUUUAAUUUUGAGAAUCUGAAGUGCUGCUGUUUCUGUGCUCGACUCUGGUUUAGUUGGACCGCGUGUGGUCAUGAGGACCGUAGAGUUCAUAACGCUUCUGUGUGUGAUGUGACCAUUUUGCCUUACAUGUUUUCCAGGACUAAUUAAAGAGCAUAACUAAAA